AUGAGAAAAGCCCAUCUCCCACCAGCCAUUCUCACCACCUACUACAGAGGGAGUGUCGAGAGCAUCCUGAGCAGCUGCAUCACUGUCUGGUAUGGAAACAGCACCGUGUUAGAUCGCAAGACCAUACAGCACAAAUUUUUUUUUCUGCAGCUGUCGAGGUUGCUUCGCUCCUGCCUGUACUUCUUCCUGUCGUGCCUGUUCUUCCACACUGUUGUCGUUUUAUACGGAGCUCCACUGAUCGAAUCUGCCUUAGAAACAUUCUCCCUUGCUGUGUUGCUGACUUCGUUAACCACGCUGAGGUGUCUUUGUGUCCUCGGCCCCAACAUCCAGGCCUGGAUACGAGUCUUCAGUCGCCAUGGAGCUAUGUCUGUGUGGGACACCUGUCUGCAGAUCACUGUGGCCUGCACACUUAUUGGAGCCUGGGUUGGAGCAUUCCCCAUACCUCUGGACUGGGAUAGGCCCUGGCAGGUCUGGCCUGUUUCCUGCAGUUUGGGCUCUUUGUUCGGCUACCUGACCGGGCUGGUUGCAGCUCCAGCGUGGAUCCAUUAUCACCGCAAACAGCUCACAUACAAGUGCAAGUGAUAGUCAGACACACAUGUAUUAUGCCUGUGCUUGUGCGAAUGUAUCCACGAUGGCGUGACUCCUGAUUCUGCUGAAUUUCUCUCACUUUUUAUUAUUUAUUUGGGAGCAUUCACCCCCUUUGCAGCCUGUAGGGUUGUGAGGCAGUUUUGUAAAAGCUCAGAGGUAUUAUUUUGUACAUGUGAUGGCUGAAACGGAACAUUUUUAAACGUAAUAAAAUAUUUUCUUCGUUAA